GCCCCGCUUCCGCUUCCGGCGUCAUGGCCGCCAUGGCCGCCCCGGCCCGGCCCCCCCGGUAACGGGACCCCCCCCGGGAACGGGACCCCCCCCGGGAACGGGGCCCCCCCGGAGCCCCCCGGGCCGGGACCAUGUCCUCGCGCUCCGCGCUGGCGGCGGGGAACGAGCGGAACGCGGAGACGGCGGGCCCGGGGGGCGGCGGCCGCCCCGACAAGGCCGGGGGGUGGGCGGGGGGCCGCGGGGCCGGCGCCCCCCGGGGCCGGGGCUCGCUGGGCGGGGGUCCCGAGGAGCCCCCUCCCCACGUUGGGAACUACCGGCUGCUGCGCACCAUCGGCAAGGGCAACUUCGCCAAGGUCAAGCUGGCCCGGCACGUGCUGACCGGCCGCGAGGUCGCCAUUAAAAUCAUCGACAAGACGCAGCUGAACCCCACCAGCCUGCAGAAGCUGUUCCGGGAAGUUCGGAUCAUGAAGGGGCUGAACCACCCCAACAUCGUGAAGCUGUUCGAGGUGAUCGAGACAGACAAGACGCUCUACCUCGUCAUGGAGUACGCCAGCGCCGGUGAGGUGUUCGAUUACCUGGUGUCCCACGGGAGGAUGAAGGAGAAGGAGGCACGGGCCAAGUUCCGACAGAUCGUCUCGGCCGUGCACUACUGCCACCAGAAGAACAUCGUGCACAGGGACCUCAAGGCCGAGAACCUGCUGCUGGACGCCGACGCCAACAUCAAGAUCGCGGACUUCGGCUUCAGCAACGAGUUCUCGCGGGGCUCCAAGCUGGACACGUUCUGCGGCUCGCCGCCCUACGCCGCGCCCGAGCUCUUCCAGGGCAAGAAGUACGACGGGCCCGAGGUGGACAUCUGGAGCCUGGGGGUCAUCCUCUACACGCUGGUCAGCGGCUCGCUGCCCUUCGACGGCCACAACCUCAAGGAGCUGCGGGAGCGGGUGCUGCGGGGCAAAUACCGCGUGCCCUUCUACAUGUCCACGGACUGUGAGAACAUCCUGCGCCGCUUCCUGGUGCUCAACCCCGCCAAGCGCUGCACCCUCGAGCAAAUCAUGAAGGACAAGUGGAUCAACAUCGGCUACGAGGGCGACGAGCUGACGCCCUACACCGAGCCCCAGGAGGACUUUGGGGACACCAAGCGCAUCGAGGUGAUGGUGGGCAUGGGCUACACGCGGGAGGAGAUCAAGGAGGCGCUGAGCACCCACAAGUACAACGAGGUGACGGCCACCUACCUGCUGCUGGGACGGCGCGGAGAGCCCGAGGGUGGCACCGCCCUGUCCCUGUCCCGGCCGCGGGGCGUGGCCGAGGCGCCCAACGGUGCCACCAAGUCGGGGACAUCGUCGGGGACGUCGGGGAGCCACGGCAAGGGACAGCGCGGGGGCGGCCACCACCGGCAGCGGCGGCACAGCGACUUCUGCGGCCCCGCCCCCUCGGCCCCGCCCCCCCGCCGCAGCCCCCCCUCGGCCGCCCCUCCCCCCUCGGAGGGGGGCGUGGCCGGGGGCGUGGCCGGGGGCGCGGGCCCCGCCCCCCUCGCGCCGGGGCAGCGGCGGCCCCGCGGGGGGGGCGGGGCGGGGGGGCGGGGCCGCCCCUCCCCCCCCCUGCAGCCCCCUGGUGAGCAGCGCCCACAACCCCAACAAGGCCGAGAUCCCCGAGCGGCCCCCGACGGACAGCCCCACGUGCCCCCCAGCGUGAUGGGCCGCAGGAACACCUACGUGUGCUCGGGGGGGGAGCGGCACCUGCUGCUGCCCAACGGCAAGGACAG